AAACAUUCAUCAGUCAAAGGGCAUUGAUUCAAGAAGUCAACAAAGACUUAAUCUGGACUUGAUAAUAUAGACGACGACGCGACGAUGUAGCGGCGCGGCGAUAAAUAAGGAUGCAAUGCCGCGAACGCGUGUGCUCGACGGACGACGAACUGAACGCGGCGAUCGACGGUAUUUUGGACGAGGAUCGGGCCGAGGUUAGCGUCAACGAUAAUCAUCAUUGUCGCGGCGGUAGAAAGCGUAAACGCAACGACGUAGACGACGAACAAGACCUAGACUACGAAUCGGGGUUACAGGACGUAGCGCACUCAACCUCGUCCACCACCUCCUCGUGGUGGUUGUAGGCCAGGCUCGUCGUCGUCUCAAAGACAGCAGCAGCAGCAGCCGCAGCUACGCAAACCCUGCCCGGGUGCUCUGAAAGCCAAGAGAUUCUCGCUGCGCAUCAUGGAGGCACUGCGAGCCCUCGAGCGCGACAAGAUCGACGGCAGGACCAGCAGCGGUGGCUGCGCCAACGAGACAACGACGGCGGGCUCGUCGACCUGCGACAUCGUGCGCUACGUAGACGAGCACUUCCAGAGCGACGGCGAUCUCGUCUCGCAGGUGCGCACCGCGCUGAAGCGCACCUGUUGUCAGGGAUUGGUGAGAAACGAAGGUGACGACAGAUUCAGCCUGGUCGAGCCGUUCGCGAGCUUGCUCAGUCGGACGCGAUGCCACAACUCGAGCCAGUCGAUGCCGGUCUUAUCGACGGCUAGCAACGACGAAGCGGCGGGUACGACGACGACCGGUAACAACAACGAUGCCGACGAUAACGACGACGAUAACGACGACAACGACGAGGGUAGUUUUUGCAAACCAGCGGCUCGGAACAAAAAAAAUAAUAACAAUAACAACAAUCGCAAGAGGAGAGGAGGACGGCGGAAAAAGUCCUGCACUCGCACGGAUGACAGCUCUGACUUGGAACUGUCGAUACCGACGAGCGCCGAGGAGGAUCUGAUACGUCGCGGUGUCCGGCAGCCGCGAGACGAUAUCGCUGAGUGCGUGGAUAAUGAAAAUCUGCGAUCGAGAGCAGCGGCUCCGUUUCCUCCUGCCAAGCGUCGUCAACGAAGCUGCGGAUCGGGGGAGGAGGAGGAAGACAGCGACUUUGCCGGGGCGAUCGACGAUCCGGCCCGAGGCCUCGAGAUCGGCGUCAAGCUCGAGGAUUUUGAAAACGACGACGAGGAAGAUGAAAUCGUGCCGCCGGACGAGCAGGAUCUGAAUCAGGAUAACGACGACGACGAUGAUGACGACGACGAAGUGGCAUCCAACGACAGCGUGUUCAACGAGAUGAGACGUCGCAAUCCGAACAACAACAACAUCAACAAUCGCGACAGAGACAAGGAGCUGAAGAGGUGGAUCAAGAGAUGCCGCAAGGAGUGCGCUCGGCGCGCGGCCGAGGAUCGAUCGCCCGACCGACGAUUGGACAAGGAGAGAAGCGGCAGCAGCGGCGACAACGAAUGA